GUUGCAGGCAUGUACUGUAAGUUAGAGCAUCUUCUAUUAGCGUUGAAUUAGGAUGUCGGACGAAAGGCCGAAGAUUGGCAUCCGAGAAUACACAUUCUUGGAUUUAGAGGAGGAAGAAAAACGAGCCGAGCUCCGGGUGUCUAUACCUGAGGUGUUGGAUUCCCAGUAUGGCAUGCACGUUUGGCCUUGUGCUGUAGUUCUUGCACAAUUCAUAUGGUUCCACCGCAAAGAUCUUAAUGGCAAGAUGGUUUUGGAGGUUGGAGCAGGUGUUAGUCUCCCUGGAGUAGUAGCUGCAAAAUGUGGAGCAAAGGUGAUCUUAUCUGAUUCAGCAGAGCUGCCACAGUGUUUACAGAACUGUCUUCGAAGCUGUGAGCAAAAUAAUAUUGCUGGAAUUCCUAUUAUUGGGCUUACAUGGGGAGAAAUAUCUCCAGAUCUGCUUGACCUCCCUAAUAUUGACAUAAUUCUGGGAUCUGAUGUCUUCUAUGAACCAAAAGAUUUUGAAGAUAUCUUGGUGACUAUACGUUUCUUAUUGGAAAGAAACCAACAAGCCCAAUUUUGGACCACAUAUCAAGUCCGGAGUGCAGACUGGUCAAUUGAAUCCCUCCUGUUCAAAUGGAAUCUGAAGUGUACAAACAUUUCUCUCAAUACAUUUCACGCUGACAAACAAUGUUUGGCAGGAUCAGAUCUUCCUGGACGGCAUAGUAUUCAGAUGCUGAUCAUCACAUUAGAUACAGAGGCCACCAGAAGACCGACAUAAUGUUCUAUUUUUGGAUACUGUUACUUAUUUGCUUUGCCACAACUCUGAAGCUUAAAAAUAAAUAAUAGCAUGUAUAUAGCACCUACAUAUUCCAAAGUGCUUUACAAUUAUAGAAAGGUGAUAUUUAGAUGUGAACACCCUGCUCGAAAGAGCAAUGAGUAUUACAAAUAAGC